GUUUCUUUGUCAGUUUGUUUUUGUCUUUAUGUCAAGUGUUCUGGCAUUUGUUUCCUGUGUUUUUUUUCCUCUCUUCAACCGUGCUUUGGAUUCUGUUUAUUGCUUACUAAAUUGGACUUGUUUACCUUUGCUGGACUGCUUCCCUGUUCGUUUGUUUGUUUUUGUUCAUUAAAUCAUAGAACUGUACCAGCCUGCCACCAUUGUCUGCUUUUGGUGGCCACCCUGCUUGACAAACUACAACAGUUAAGGUCUUAGGGCACACAGAAGUUUAUAGAAAUGAGUGAAAUGAAGCAGAGCGUUUCAGCUCCAACUGAAGACGGCAGAAAGGAAAAAGGCCAGCCUGCGACUUUAAUUGACAGCUUAAAAAAAAUACCGAAAUGUCCCAAACACAAGGAUGCUGUCACUAUCGUCGUCUCCUCUCGCACCCUCUUCAACAUGGUGGCAGAGAGGAAGAUCUAUGCGGAAGAAGGAGUAGAGAAGUACGUGACUUAUCAGCUGGAGCAUGAAAGCGAACCUCUGAAGCCAGGAGCUGCUUUCCCCUUCGUCAAGGCGCUGAUGAAUGUCAACUCUCAACUGUGGAAGCUCUACCCAGACAGCGAGGAGCUGUUUGACAUCGUCUUAAUGACUAACAGCCAUGCCCAAGUUGGAGUGCGCCUCAUAAACAGCAUUAAUCACUACGAUUUGACCAUAGAUAGAUUCUGUAUGACAGGAGGGAAAAGUCCUACAGGCUACCUAGAGGCCUACAAGACAAAACUUUACCUCUCCAAGGACUCAGAGAAAGUCACAGAGGCCAUAGAGGAAGGCAUCGCUGCAGCCACAAUGUUUAUGCCGCAAACGGAGACUCAGCUGAGCGACACUCAGCUGAGAGUGGCGUUUGAUGGCGACGCCGUCCUCUUCUCAGACGAGUCGGAGAUCAUUAUGAAGGAAAAAGGCCUGGACGCUUUCAAUGCCAAUGAGAAGGAGUUUGAAAACGAACCUCUCCGUAAGGGUCCCUUAAAGUGUUUCCUGGAGGCUCUGGGGAAGCUCCAGAGAAAAUUCUACGCCAAGAACGAGCGUAUGAACUGUCCCAUCCGAACCUUCCUGGUCACGUCCCGAGGUGCUGCCACCUCCGGGGCCCGCGUCCUGAAGACUCUCCGCAGCUGGGGCCUGGAGAUCGACGAGGCUCUCUUCCUGGCCGGGGCUCCUAAAGGGCCCCUGCUGCAGAAAAUAAAACCACACAUCUUCUUUGACGACCAGAUGUUCCACAUUGACGGGGCCAAAGAAAUGGGAACCAUAUCUGCACACGUCCCCUAUGGGAUCGGACAGAAGUACCACAAGGGGGAACUCAAGCAGCCCGCAAAAAAGUAAAAAAACAAAAAAUGCACUACGUUGUCACCUGCAUAUAAAGAGAUUUGCUCCAAAGUAAAAUGUUGUAUUCAGGAAAAAAUAUUUAUUAAAAAAAUACUCUCCUUUAAAAAUUUCGUAUUUAGGUAAUUAAUUGGUAAUGCAGUCUACAAAGUUUACUUUUUUGGGUUUUAUAGAAUAUUUUCUACUGUUUUCUUUAGUAUAGGGAAUUAUUGAUGAGGGAGGGAAUUUUCUCAAAGCAAGAGUUACAAUAGGUGCCAUACACUAUUUCACUUAAUACUGUUUUGGAAUAGAAACACCAGACUCAUAACCUAUAGGUGCCUUUUUAACCAAACUAUCUGUGUACCUGUUUACCUUUUGAGAGGUUUUUUCCUCAUUUAUAUUGGAGUUUAUUUUCUUUACACUUUUAUACAAUAAACACGUUUAUUUUAUUUAUCUUGUUUUGUUGCUAUUGGUCCUUGGCAUAUUCAGUAUGACCCUGGUGGGAGAAUGUAUCUGCUGUAGUAGUUGUUUUUUCUGCAUAGACUUAAAAAUUGCCAAUUCCAACCAACAAUUUCCAACAUUUUUGGUGUCUGGCAUUAAUUUUGCAUAUUUAAUGGGACGUAUUAAAACAUAUUAAUACCUGCUAUCAGUUUUAAAGGGACAUUUAUCAGGGUAGAAUGUCUAUGGCUUACAGGGAACACUGAUGUUGUCUUUCUUUGUUACUGGCUUUAAACUUAACGCUUUAUAUUUAUCCUCACACUUUUAGACUCAUGUUCUGUGAGUUGUUUACACUUUUACAUUGUAUCUGUAUAUGAGACAGCCCACUGUAACUACACUUUUCUAUCAUGUGAUCGUGUUUUUAUAUAGGACUAACUACAUAUACUGUCUAUGUUUGCAGAUUGCAUUUGAUGUAUUUCAUAUUGCAAAAAUAUGUAAAUUUAUGCAACAUCAUCAAGGACAAAUAAACUCACUUGUUUGUAAUUGUUCAUAUCAUGUCUGGUAACAUUUCAUUUGUGCCAGAUCAAGAGAUGUUUUGCAUUGAUUGUACUCAUGUUGUGGUAACACAAUAAAAUUAUUUUUGCACCA